CGUCACACGCGGUCCACCAAUCUGAGAGCGACAUCAAAGCGCUCCGCCGAUCAGAGGGCGGCUGACUGACCGACGGACCAAUCAGAGCAGCGCGUGUUAGCGCGCUCGGAGCGCGAGGACAGCGAGGACGGAAGUGGAGCAAAACAUCAAACGACUGCAGAGGGUUCUGCAGGUCGGGGUUAAGAACGCAGUCAGGAGGGAAGUGUGAUACUCAUCAGUGCAGCGCUGAAAGGAAAGGAAUAGUGUCGGAUCUGAGCGCUCCUCUGGAACGUGAACCCUUCGGAGAACACUGGGUCUUAAGGUGGGUGCAGGAGUGGGCGAUGUGAGUUGAAAGUAAGAAAUGCCGCUACAUUGGAUCGUCCAGAUAAAGGGGUCUGCAGGGUCUGCUGCGCUGUUGCGAUGCUGUACAGUGUUUUGGGGAAAACGCUUGGCUUUGUCGGCUUCACGAUCCAGUACGGCUGUUUAGCGCACUGCGCAUUCGAGUACAUAGGAGAGUUCGUUAUGUGUUCCGGACCGUCUAUGGAGCCGACCAUCACUAACCAUGACGUGGUUUUCUCCGAGCGCGUCAGCAGACACCUGUACAGGAUAGAGAAAGGCGAUAUCGUCAUAGCUAAAAGUCCCUUUAAUCCGAGGAUGAACAUCUGUAAGAGAGUGGUGGGCCUGGAGGGGGAUAAGGUGUGCACCAGCAGACCCUCGGACAGCUUUAAGACACACACUUUCGUGCCGCGAGGUCACGUGUGGUUGGAGGGCGAUAACCUUCAUAACUCCUCAGACUCCCGUAGCUACGGCCCGAUCCCGUACGCUCUGAUCAGAGGCCGAGUCUGUUUAAAGCUGUGGCCUCCACACAGUUUUGGCGCUCUGAGUCAAAGCCCCAACGAUGGAAGAAUUACGCCCAGUGAAUGACCACCGCCACAGAAGAGACAUUUUUGUAGCUUUUUAAGAAUAAAUGUGUAUUUAUGAUGUCA